AUGGCCAGCAACAAUCUUUUAGAACUAUCUAAAGACGAAGAAUUCAAACAAUUAAUUGAACAAAAUAAAAAUACUCCAAUAUUUCUUGAUUUCUGGGCACCAUGGGCACAACCCUGUGCUCAAAUGAAUGAUGUAUUUGCUGAGCUUGCCAAAAAAAAUACCGCAUAUAAAUUUAUUAAGAUUGAGGCAGAAAAAUUUCCUGAAAUUUCAGAAUCAUAUGAGAUAACAGCUGUUCCAACAUUCAUUGUCAUAAAGAAUGGAAAAAUUGUGGACUGUAUUGUUGGUGUAAAUGCGCCAGAGUUAACCAAUCUAAUAAACAAAAAUAUUAAAGCUGCAUCACUUGGAACACCAAGCCAACCACGUUGUGGAUUUUCAAAACAAAUUAUAGGGAUUUUGAAUGAGCACCAAGUUAAAUAUGGCAUAAAAGAAUAUUCUAAUUGGCCAACCUAUCCUCAGUUAUAUAUAAACGGAGAACUUGUCGGUGGAUUAGAUAUUGUAAAAGAGUUGGUUGAAUCGGGUGAAUUCAAGUCAAUGGUUCCAAAAGAAAAAAGUUUAGAUGAAAAGCUUCAAGAAUUAAUUAAUAAAGCUGAUAUAAUGGUAUUCAUAAAGGGAUCUCAAAAUAAUCCAAAAUGUGGAUUUUCCAAACAAUUGAUUGGAAUUCUUGAUGAAAAAAAAGUUAAAUACGAAGAUUUUGAUAUACUGCAAGAUGAAGAAGUUAGACAAGGAUUAAAAACAUUUGUAAAUUGGCCAACUUAUCCUAUGGUUUUUCAUAAAGGAAAUCUAAUUGGUGGAUUGGACAUUAUUAAAGAGUUGAAAGAAAGUGGUGAAUUGGAUGAGAUUCUUAGCAAUUAA